CCUAUUUAACACGGGUAGACUGGAGUCCCCUAUCCAGCUCCAAUAGAGCACGCAGAGCGGCUCCUCUUGUUCAAGCAACACCACCAUCAUCUCCUCCUCCUCCUUCAUUGAUUCACAGACUUCAAAUUCCCUCACAAGCAGCCUGUCAGCUUCCACAGUGAUCAGAUUAAUAACAAUAGGCUGCGAGCGCUCAGAGGAGAGACAACCGGCGCCGCGCGUCCUCCGCGGGAUACUUUGGAUAGCUACAGCUCCGGGAUCCAUCCUGCGCCUGCCUCCUGCUACCCUUCGCCCGAGCAGCACCUGUGCGUUUCUCCGUGUGUCUACCUGGAUACCUGCGCGCUGUCCUCUGUAAAUGUCGGACUGAACAUAACUGCUAUGACAGGGAAACUAGCGGACAAGAUCCCUCUUACCAUGAGCAGUUUAAUAAACACGAUCCCCGACAGUCUCUACCCGGAGGAGGACAUCCCCACCUCUAUGAAUAUUUUCACCAGCACGGAGUCUAUAAACCACUAUUCACAGAUGAACACAGAUAAUAUCAUGGAUCUAGGCAUGGGAAGCGAGAAGACAAGCUCAGACAUACAGUAUGGAUCCAGCUUCCAGUCCAACCGCAGUGGGCAGACUGUCACGUAUCUGGGGAAGUUCGCCUUUGACACUCCUCCUUCAGGUGGCAUCGGUGGCUCUGGCUGGUGCCCCGACAACAACAUCAUAAGCCUCGUCAGUGCGGGCAUUUUGGGCGUCUCUCCAUCACCCGGCACGGUAACGACGCAGACGCCGUCCUCUGCAGCAAGCAUGGGUGGACAAUCGUCAGACAUGGAGCAGGUAUACGGUCCUCCGCUGCCUGCCUAUUCCACCUGCAGUGACCUGUACCAGGAUCAGGUCUCCUUCCACCACAGCCCCGCCACCAGCACGGCUCUCGCCUACCCUGGAAAUGAAUAUCACUCAACGUCCAAAGCCCCCAUGGAUGGCAGCCUUUUUUCCAUGAUCCCUGACUACAACCUUUUUCAUCAUCAGGGAGAGGUUGGUGUCAUGGAGCACAAACCCUUCCAGACCAUGGACCCUAUCAGAGUCAACCCUCCGCCAAUCACGCCGCUGGAGACCAUCAGAGCAUUCAAAGACAAGCAGCAAAUCCACCCGGGUUUCAUUGGCGGGCAGCAGCACCCACCCCAGCACCAUCCGCCACCUCAGACUCUUACCCUCAAACCCAUCCGUCCUAGGAAGUACCCCAACCGUCCCAGCAAAACGCCUGUUCACGAACGGCCACACGCCUGUCCUGCGGAGAACUGUGACAGACGCUUCUCGCGCUCAGACGAGCUCACGCGUCACCUCCGCAUCCACACGGGUCACAAGCCCUUCCAGUGCAGAAUAUGCAUGAGGUCCUUCAGCCGGAGCGACCACCUCACCACACACAUCCGCACGCACACGGGUGAGAAACCCUUCUCCUGCGAGUUUUGUGGACGCAAAUUUGCCAGGAGUGACGAGCGAAAGAGACAUGCAAAGGUUCACCUGAAACAGAAGGACAAGAAGCAGGCGGACAAGAGCAGUGGGGCGGCCGGGAGCCACAGCACGCCGCCAGGCUCCUGCGGGGGGCCAGCGGUGGGAGCGUCAUGACCAUCACUACAUGCACAUGGACUAGACCCUAGCCAGAGAUUAUACAGAGACCUGGGAAGUACAGAUCACAUUCACUAUGAAAUAAAUAGGUGAUUCUCUUCUUCUUUGUUUACACUCUGGCUCUUUUCAGUUCCUUCUAUUUUGAGAUGGACGUCUUUAGUUUAGGUCAGAGGGGAAGGGCUGCUUUCCUCUUGUCUUUUAAAAGCAAUUCAGAGCCUCAGCUACUGUAACAUAGUGUAAACACAGAUAUGGGCACUUCAGCACAUUCUGCCACAGAGAUCUUUGUGUAUCACUAGGUUCUGAGGUGGAUGUGUCAUUUUUACAGAAACUGUUUUCAUUGAAGGAACGUCAGAAUGCAUGAGAGAGGCUGAAGAAAGGAGCUCAGUGAGAAGGUGUAUUGUCUGGGAUGUAUGCAUUAAUAUCAUUAGGCUGUUUAAAAGUGCAAUUGGUUAUAUUUGUGUAUCAUCAUGAUUCUAUUAAUUGUGGCCCGUGACUGUAUUUGUUUUUUGUUUUUUUUAUUUUUGUUCAAGUGUAGUGUGUUUUUUUUUUAAUAUUUGAAUGUUUCUUUUGUUUUGUUGUUUUAUAAUUAUUAUUUUUAAAGAAUGUGCCAAAUGUAUUGCAGUGAUGCAGCCAACGUUGUUCCUUAUAUUUGUUCCUGAUAUUUGCCAAACCCAGGAGUGGCAUCAGCUUAGCACAGCUGUGGAGACCUUAGAAAGAUCAGAUUCCACACACCAGAUUUAGACGAAUCUGCACAGUUUGUUUGAAUCCAGGUUAUUCCAGAAUAGGUCACAUGAAGCAAAUCCCAAUGUCUUGUCCUGUUUCGUGCAGAAACAUGUCUGCAGCAACUGAUGCCUUUGCCAAUACUUAUUUAUUUUUAGUCACUGUGAGACACCCUGUGUGUUGUUUUCCUCCUUUUUAAAACGUGGUUUGACGUUGUGUUACCAAAUGUACUUUCUGUUGCUCUUUUUUUUAAUAUAAAUGCUCAAUGAUACUGUUUAUUUUUCAUGACUUCUGCAAUAUGCAAUCGAGUACACAGACAUAUGCCACUCACACGCAAAUUAAAUCAUCUAAGAGCACCGUUGUAGACAGAACAAACUAUUUAAUUAAAAAAAAAAAAACAGUGGGUUGCCAACGAGACGUUAAAGAGAAGAUGAAUAUGGGCCUUGGCAUGUCUUCUCAUUUUGUAACGCUUAAACUACCAAAAGAUGAGCAGAAAACGGUAAGAGACAAAUAAUUUUAAAAAAAUCAACGUUUACAUAUUUUUAAUUCAGAGACUGGACUGCAAAUGUACGUAUCCUUCUUUUUGUACAGUAUACAAAUAUGUAUGCAGGUAGCUAAAGUAGAAGUUUCACUUUUGUACUAAAAUGUCAAAUGCACUGCAGUUCAGUAUUAAAUUGUGCAUAAAAGUGCAUUCCUUCAUGCACACUAUGUAAAUACAGACGUCUGCAUUAACAAGAACUCUCAAUUGACUGAAUGCUUGUGCAGAAAGUGUCCUAAGAUUUUCAGUAAAAUAUAAUAUUUUAUUGUCAAAAUGUUGUAGAUCCCUGCAGUAUAGUGCCAGAUAUGUUGUCCUACCUUCCACUGAAAAAAAACUCAGAAAGACAAAAAACAAAAGGAUGGCACCAUCUGUAUGCUUAACAAGGGAGACCAGUUAAAAACAGCACUAAUGUGUUCUUUGAAUAAACUGCUUUUUUUUAAUUUAUUUUGUGCAUCUCCAUUAAAGAAAUAUUGGUUAUUUUAAUUACCACAGUCUCUCCGCAGUAUAAAAACACUGGUUAUUUGUAAGACAUUCUCCUAAAUGACUGAACCUAUUCAUAAACAAAAUACAUUACGGAUCAUGCAAAUAAUUCUCACUAAUGACUCCUCACUUACUUUACUCAGUUUUAAACUGAAAGAAAAAGGUACUACUUUUGUCUUUUAGCAAAACAUUUUCUGUGAGCCAUCAAUGACUUCACUUGGAUCGUAGUAUUUCCAUUAAUUAUUAUUAAAGCAUAUUU